UCUAAACACGGGAGAGGAGAAGAGGAUGAUCCGAUGUAUUGGGCCCCACGCGAUUCUUGGAGGCCUACAUUUUAAGACAUGGGCCCACGCCCAUGUUUGGUGCAAACACCAGACGUGGACACUCACCGACGGCGUCCUACGAUCAUGUGUCCGACCCAAAGCUGGUAGAUGGGCCCUACCUUCCCCCUCCUGCACCCUGUCUGGGCCCCACUUUCUUCCUCUCCAAUCUCCAUGCAUCUCUCUCUCUCUCUCUCUAUCUGAUUAAUCUGUCUCAGGAGAGAGGUCUCCUCUGCUUCUUCUUCUGCACUCGUCUGAGCUCGCCAUCUUCAUUGGAAACCUAACCUGACCUUCAUCAAUCCCUUUCCUCCUCAGCUUCCGCCUCAUCUCCUUCCUCUCUCCGGUGAUGAAGUUCCCCGGAUCGCAUUUUCCUCCGAGGUUGUCUCCCGCCGCGCUCACCGCCCUCUCCUUCCUCCUCGUCCUGACGUUCGCUGUCUUCACCAUCCGCCACCGCCCCCACCGGCCCCGGGACCCCUCCCGGUUCCACUCCCACUUCAUCUCCUCCGCCAACAACGCCACCCUCUCCGCCUACCUGCGCUCCCUCACCCGCCACCCCCAUCUCGCCGGGACCCCUCCCUCCCUCUCCACCGCCCGCCUCGUACUCUCCCACUUCCAGUCCCUCGGCCUCGAGACCCGUUCCGCCCGCUUCCGCUCCGUCCUCUCCUACCCUCUCCACUCCUCCCUCUCCUUGCACUUCCCCAACGGCUCCGCCUUCAGCCUCCCCCUGGCCGAGCCAGGGAGCUCGGGCGUCGUCUUGCCCUACCACGCGUACUCCCCCUCGGGUUCCGUCAGCUCCAAGACGGUGUUUGCUAACUACGGUCGCGAAGAGGACUACGAGGCUCUGAUUAAGCUGGGCGUGGACGUGACUGGGUCCAUCGUGGUGGUCAGGAAAGGGGGUGACCUUUCUCGGGGUGGGGUCGUUCGGGUGGCUGAGCGCGCAGGUGCGGCGGCAGUUCUCAUUUACGCGGAGGAGGAUAAGACAGUCAGGAGUGGGGUCGAGAGAGGGACGGUCAUGAGCGGCGUGGGGGACCCGGUGAGCCCCGGCUGGGCUGUCGAGGCUGAUAAUGGCGGGGAGGUUCUGGGGUUAGAGGACACUGCAGUUUUAGCAAGGUUCCCGAGAAUCCCGUCUUUGCCGCUGUCCCUGGAAUGUGCUGAGAUGAUACUGCGUCAGCUCGGGGGAGCCUCUGUGCCGGCAGAGUGGAAGGGGUCCAUAAGGUCUACUGUCCGGGGAGUGGGGGCCGGCCCUGUGGUAUUGAAUUUGACUUACCAGGGGGAGAAGAAAAUGGCGACCAUCCAAAAUAUCUUUGCUGUCAUUAGGGGAUUAGAAGAGCCCGAUCGCUAUGUUCUACUAGGCAAUCACCGAGAUGCAUGGACAUAUGGAGCUGUUGAUCCAAACAGUGGAACAACUGCCCUUCUUGACAUUGCUCACCGAUAUUCUCAUAUGGUGCGGAAGGGUUGGAGUCCUCGAAGGACUAUAAUUCUCUGUAGUUGGGAUGCGGAGGAAUUCGGAAUGAUAGGAUCUACUGAAUGGGUCGAGCAAAAUCUUGUGAAUCUGGGUUCGAAAGCUGUGGCUUACCUCAAUGUAGAUUGUGCAGUGCAAGGGCCUGGAUUUUUUGCUGGGGCUACUCCUCAGCUUGAUGAUCUCCUCACUGAGGUCACAAAGAAGGUAAAGGAUCCUGACUUCGCAGAAGCAACAGUAUACGAAAUGUGGACAAAGGCGAACAAGGCCAUCAAUAUACAAAGACUCAGUGGGGUGGAUUCAGACUUUGCUCCAUUUCUGCAGCACGCUGGGGUUCCUUCUAUUGAUAUAUAUUAUGGAAGAGAUUUUCCAGUCUAUCAUACUGCAUAUGACACAUAUGAAUGGAUGGCAAAACGUGGGGAUCCUACAUUUCAGCGGCAUGUGGCUGCCGCAGGAAUAUGGGGAUUACUAGCUCUUCGCUUGGCUGAUGAUCUGGUCCUACCUUUCAAUUACACCUCUUAUGCUAACGAGUUACAGGGUUACGUGGAUGUGUUGAGUAACCUUUUAAGUGGAAGCAUCUCUCUGUAUCCUUUAUUUUCGUCGGUUCAAGCGCUUCAUUCUGUGGCCAAAGACGUGCAAACUGAAGCAAGGGAUCUGAAGGAACAAGAAACGGAAAGGGAACUUCAAGCAUUGAGGAUGCGGGGAUUGAAUGAUCGAUUGAUGCUUGCCGAGAGAGGCUUCUUAGAUGCCGAUGGUCUUCAAGGCAGGCGGUGGUUCAAGCACUUGGUCUAUGGCCCGCAUGGUGACUAUAGGAGCAAGCUGGGUUUCUUCCCCGGUGUAGCAGAUGCUAUGAUGUCGGCAGAAUCAAGGGGUGCGAAGGAGAGGGGGAAUGAAGAAGGGAAUGCACUGAUCCAGCAUGAGAUAUGGAGGGCCUCCAGGGCCAUUCAAAGGGCUGCCAAUGCCCUUAGAGGAGAUGUCUUCUCACAGUAAUAUAUUCAUAAGCUUUGACUAUGACUACGCCAUAUGAUGGUGAUCGGAAAAGAAAGAGUCGCCGCAAAUUCCUCCCACAGACAGCAGCACACUACAAAGGCACAAAAACUAUGUGAGGGAGGAGAUUUUGCCUUGUUGGUGUUGUACCUUGCAGUAUCUGCACUGUAAAUAUAUAACCAAAGUUGUAUAUUAUUGUUCAAUGUACUAGAACAGGAAAAAAAAAAGAAAAAAAAGAAAGAAAGGAAAUAGAAGGGAUUAUGAUUUUCUGCAGUAAA